AUGGCCCUUAGUCGUCGCGACCUAGUUCUGACGGGCGUCGGCGUAUUCAUCGCUUGGGGUCUUGUGGCUCGUUGGCUCCCGAUCCUCCGGUAUCUAGGAUAUGCUGUGACGCUGGGCGCCAUCCUGGUUUCUGUGGGUCUUUUAGGACUUGUCACAUUGACAAUCCGGCACCGAAAUGAAAUAGUCAAUAAGAAAGUUUCAGUGGCUUUCACAAAACCAAACCAAUGGCGAAAGGAAGUGCUGAAUGUCCACCGGAGCACGCGAUACCGGCCUCGACCACUCUAUCCUCAGUCCUUUGUCGUAUCGGAAGGGAUCGACGAAAUUUUGUCUUUCAUCACCCGAGAUUUUAUUUCCUCGUGGUACGGCGGCAUCAGCCCGAACCCCAUAUUUGCCAAUGAGAUUGAUCGAACGAUUCGUGUCGCCCUUGAAAACCUCCGGGAUAGGUUGAUUACAGAGGAAAUGGUCUCGCUGAUCGUAUCGCGCAUCUUCCCAAUCGUGACAUCGCACCUCAAAGAAUUUGACAUUGCCGAGCGUUCUGUUCGGGGACGCAAUCUCAAUCGAAAUGUGACCGAGUCUGGAGAGCUCGAUUUGGCCAUUGCAAAAAAAUUCCGCGAAGGCCGCUUACAUCCUGCGGUUGCAAUCUCUGCGUCCGAUCAAAAGUCUGUUCAACAGGAGUACCUGCGCAAGUUAGCGGUUGGCCUUUUACCCCAGCUAUUCCCAGAGAGCGUACUAAAUAGUCGAAUUGUGUCGGUUCUGAUUCGCGAAAUCAUCUCAUGCGCUGUGCUUAUUCCAAUAGUUACUUCUUUGUCAGAUCCAGACACAUGGAACCAACUAAUAGAAGCAUAUGGCCGCACAGCUUUGCAGGACCGGAAGACUGUGCGCAAACUGCGCGCCGCUUUGGACCAGCACGCCUCACCAAACCCCAAAUCUAAGCGCGGGCAACCAUUCCCAAGAAUUUCUGCAACCGACUCAGAGCGAGCCUUUGAGCGCUUUGUGAGGGCAAUCAGGAAAUGUAAUAACCUCUCCGAUGCCCGUCGGUUCCGUGCCCUCGUUUCCAGUCAAUUGAAACAAGAGAGUAUGGUCGAGGGCCAGGAUCAGGUCUAUCUGAAACGGUUGGAAACAGGCAAACGUGUUCUCGAUCAGAAAGUGGCGAAUCUUGCGAAAACUGGCGAGAACCCCCAUGUACCCCCCGCAAUAGACGUUCGACCAGAGAUUCCAUCUAGAAUGCAUGGAUCAUCUCUGGUUGACGUGAUGCACAGCGCAUCUGGGCUUUCUUAUUUUAUGGAGUUUAUGGACCGCCAAAAGUUGAUGUCGCUUGUUCAAUUCUGGGUUGUUGUAGAUGGAUUCCGCAACCCACUUGAAGAUGACUUUGGAGACGAGGCAGCGCCCAAUUCAAUGGCAUGGAAACCAGCUGACAGAAACGAUCUAGCUCUCAUCAGUGAAACCUACCUCUCAAAACCAGAACUGAAGGUCUCUGAAGAGUCUCGCCGAGCAGUUAAGACAUUCCUCAGUGCAGGAAAGCGUGCCACUUCGGAACAAUACCGAAAAGCGCGAAUGGUUGUUUUGACAACCCAAUCUGCCAUUCUCGAGCAUCUCCAGGAUACUUAUUAUCCGAAGUUCAAGGAGUCCGAUCUAUAUUGGAAGUAUCUUGCGUCUGAUGAAGCAUCUCUUGCCCAGGCACCAGUUCGUCAAUCCUCCCCCAUAGCAGUCACUUUUGAAACUCUUGAGAGGCGACCUCUGCCCCCUCUACUGUCACGAACCACCUCACAGCCGGGAUUGAGACCAUCGAAAGACCUUCGACGAGCCGCUGUCUCUUCCAGUGAUGUGCGGGGCAUGGGGAAAUUGUUUGAUGGUGACGAUUCAUCACGACAAUCAAUAGAUUCAGAGCGAUCUAGUCAUCUUUUUGAUGACGACUACGACACAGACAACCUCGCCACGUCCACUCAUAGUUUGGGCAAGGAUUCCCAGAAUGGCGAGAAUGAUGCUGGUCAGAGCCAAAGCCAAGUCCUUGAGACGAUGGAGGCAGCACUUAAUGACAUCAUCACCAACGAGCCGAAAAAUGGAAGAAUUGAAGACCUCAAAGGAGAUGCCGCCGGUCUGUUCGGGCCGGAGCGUCCUGUUCUUUCGUCGCGCAGCUCGUCCGAAAUUCCCCAGGUUGACACCCGGAAUGAAAGAACCAAGAAAAGCAUCGCAUCGCUUGGUCUUGUGGAUCAUGCGUCGCGACUUGGUGUAUUUGAAGACGACCUAUUUCCAGAUCAACAGAAAUUCAUCGAAGAUGAAUACGAAGAACCAGACGGCGUGGAUGGGAAAGACUCAGCAGAUGAAGUGCACGAAGCUGCACCGGGUGAUUUGGGUCUUACGGAAGCGAUUGAGGCGCUCUCGGUGGACAUUGACAAGCUUGCGGCCCAGGACGCCGUGGUCCAAGCAUUGACACGCAAAGCAGAACUGACAAACAACACCGCGGAGCUGAGAAUUCUGCGCAAGUCCAAGGCCAGCAUCCAGCGCGAAAUGCACCGCAAGGAAAUGCAGCGGCAACAGUACAUUCUCCAGGAAAGGGAUAACAGCUUGUUCGGGCGAUCGACCGUUAGUCUCAAGUCUACCGUCGUGGGCAAAGAGGAGGACGAUGGCCGUGAAUUCGCAAUGUACGUCGUGGAAGUUCGAAGAAAUGCUGGCGAGCAAAUGCCUGCUGCAUCGUGGGUUGUUGCACGGCGAUACAGCGAGUUCCACGAUCUGCAUCAAAAGCUACGCCAACGCUACCCCUCCGUCCGGCACUUGGAGUUCCCCCGGCGACGCGUCGUUAUGAAGCUGCAGAAAGAGUUUCUUCAUAAACGGCGACUAGCCCUCGAAGCCUAUCUACAGAAGCUCCUCCUCCUGCCAGAGGUCUGUCGCAGCCACGAUCUACGUGCAUUCCUCUCUGAACGUGCCAUCCUUCCCCGUAAGGAAAACGCUCGCGACAACGAAGGUGAGACCAAAGACCUUGUCACACGUAUUUACAACUCUGUCGCGGACGGCAUGGAUGACUUCCUCGGCAACUUUGGUGUUCUGGACCAACUAUCUACCGCAGGCCAGAAUCUCAUCUCAGCCGCCACUCAACAGGCCAUCAGCACAACGGUUCCAGACGCCAGCCUCGCAACCCAAGACGCCGUCAUAGCCGCCGAAGCCGAAGCGGAACUCAACGCCUUCGAAGACCGUGAACUCGAACCAUUCAUCAAGCCCAUCUGCGAUCUCUUCCUCGAAGCCUUCGAGCUGAACCGCGGUAACAACUGGCUGCGCGGCCGUGCCGUCGUUGUUGUGCUGCACCAACUCCUCGGCGGAACAAUAGAGCGCAAGGUUCGCGACGGAGCGCGUGGCCUGGUCCAGGAUGAUUCGCUAAUCAAAUACCUUGUUCUCGCUCGCGAUACCCUCUGGCCCGGCGGUGUACUCCGCAAAUCCCCUUUUCGUUCGGCCGCAGACCGUCUCAAUAGUCGUGCCGAGGCUACUGUAGUCUUGGCUACGCUCAUCCCAGAUCUGGCGGGCAAUGUCGUCGGCAGAGCUAAUGCGCAGGCUGCUGCCCGUCGCAUCUUUGCUACGCUGAAUAAUCAGCAUCUUAAUACCCAUCUUGUUUUUACGAUUCUUGACGAGAUCUUCUUGGUUCUCUUUGGGAGUUCGGGUCGUUCUAGAUGA